GACGUCAGGGUUUAAAACCCCCAGGGGAGGGAGAGCAAGGUUGGAGUGUCGUAUGUAAGCUAUUCGCCCACGGUAAAGUAGGCAGUAGGCGAGGAAGAGCGAGCACGAGAGACGCACCACCCACCAAGCUAAAUAACAUUCUUAUUCCCUAUUGAUCAGGGCAUGACUCCUCAAAUAUCACCCUAGUGAGGUGUGAACAGCAAGAGCGGUGAUAUGGCCUAUAUCCAGAUACCUGAUGAUGAGAAGGGGUAUAAAUUGGACCUCUUCUGUGUCCCCAAACACUAUGAGGAGGAUUUAGACCAGGUUAUCAUCCCCCAUGGACUGAUCAUGGACAGGACUGAGCGCCUGGCUCGUGAUAUAGUCCGGGACAUGGGGGGACACCAUAUAGUAGCACUGUGUGUUCUCAAAGGAGGUUAUACAUUCUUUGCCGACCUGCUCGACUACAUCAAGGCCCUAAAUCAGAACAGCGAUAAGUCUGUCCCGUUGACUGUGGAUUUCAUUAGGCUAAAGAGCUAUUGCAAUGACCAGUCUACAAACAUUGUCAAAGUUAUCGGAGGGGACAAGCUCUCAACUCUAACCGGGAAGAAUGUUUUGAUAGUUGAGGACAUUGUGGAGACUGGGAGGACUAUGGAGACACUGCUAUCACUGCUGAGUGAAUGCAAUCCAAAGAUGGUCAAAGUCGUCAGCCUUCUAGUCAAGAGAACACCAAGGAGCUCAGGAUACAGACCAGACUACAUCGGGUUUGAGGUGCCAGAUUCGUUUCUGGUGGGAUAUGCCCUGGACUACAAUGAGUACUUCAGAGAUCUCAGUCACAUCUGUAUACUGAACGAGAACGCAAAGGAGAAGUACAAAGUGUGAGCUGAGGCGAUAGACAGAUGGAUGACGAGGGACUAGGACCACUGUGAUCCUGAGCUUUUUAGGGUUCUGAACCUUAUUUAUCUGUGUAUGAAACCUAUUGUGAAUUCAGUUUGCAAGAUACUAUUUGAGAAAACAAAAAUGUAUUGAAUUGAUAUUUUUGUUCCCCUCUAAGCAAUGGGACGAGUUCUGUUUUUAAGUAGAGGAUUCGUGUAAAGAUGGUUAUGGGAGAACAUUUUUAUUUAUUUAGAUUUGUUAUUCUAUAUUAUAUUGGGGCCUUGGAUGCCUCUCAUCUGAUUUAUGUUAGUAAGGAUGGAUUUUGUUAUGUUGCUUAAUAUAAUCCACAGGAUCUCAGGCGACUGUACAUAUCCACAGUAAAAUCUGAGUCAAGUCAUGUACUGCAUUGUACAAACCAAUGAUGCUGUUUAGCUCAUAUGCCAAGCCCAUGCAAAGAACAGCCUGGAAUGUAAUGGAACAAUUUUGUUUAAUAAUGGCAAUGUUUUCAUUCACCAAGGACAUUAACAAUCCUAUUGACAGCAAUAUUAAAAUCUUAAAUUUGUGUGUUAGAGAGAUGCCUUCCAUGGAUUGACUUUAAAGGAAAGAGAGAUCCGCACACUACUCUUGUUUUGUUUAUUGAAGCAUUUAAGGCCAAGAGGCUGACAUACAGUUGAAGUCGGAAGUUUACAUACACUUAUGUUGGAGUCAUGAAAACAUGUUUUUCAAGAUCAUGAGGAAGGAAAAUGAUGUGGAUAUAUUGAAUCAACAUCUCAAGACAUCAGUCAGGAAGUUAAAGCUUGGUUGCAAAUGGGUCUUUCAAAUGGACUAUGACCCCCAAGCAUACUUCCAAAAUUGUAGCAAAACAGCUUAAGGACAAUAAAGUCAAGGUAUUGGAGUGGCCAUCACAAAGCCCUGACCUCAAUCCCAUAGAGCAUUUGUUGGCAGAACAGAAAAAGCGUGUGCGAGCAAGGAGGCCUACAAUCCUGACUCAGUUACAUCAGCUCUGUUAGGAGGAAUGGGACAAAAUUCACCCAACUUAUUGUGGGAAGCUUGUGGAAGGCUACCCAAAAAAUUUGACCCAAGUUAAACCAUUUAAAGGCAAUGCUACCAAAUACUAAUUGAGUGUAUGUAAACUUCUGACCCACUGGGAAUGUGAUGAAAGAAAUAAAAGCUUAAAUAAAUCAUUCUCUCUACUAUUA